AUGGAUAAUUAUCGAUUGGGAUACCUGUUUAUAUAUGCAUGCAAAUAACCACCAGUUUUUUGUGUUGUUAGAGAGUAUCUUUCAGAGAGUCUUGAGAGUAUCCUCCACAAGCUUGAGCAUAAGUCCCUAGCCCUAGAAAAAUUGAUUGCACUUGCCAUGGAUAUUGCUCGUGGAAUGGAAUAUAUUCACUCGCACGACAUUAUUCAUUGGGACCUCAAACCCAAGAAUAUUCUUAUCAAUGAGGAUUUUCACCUAAAAAUUAUUGACUUUAGAAUUGCUUGUGAGGAGGCAUACUGUGAUCUCCUGGUUGAUGACCUAGGCCCUUACCGUUGGAUGGCACCAGAGAUAAUUAAGAGAAAAAAUCAUGCCAGAAAAGUUGACGUAUAUGGAUUUGAACCCAUUCUAUGGGAAAUGGUGGGUGGAACCAUUCCUUAUGAAGAUAUGACACCAGUACAGGCUGCUUUUGCUGUUGUAAACAAGGUAUGAUCCAACAUUUGGCCACAUAUUCAUGGGGACUGCCCUCCAGCCAUGAGAGCUUUAAUUGAACUGUGGUGGGCCUUGCAACCUGAAAAGAGACCUGAGUUUUGAUAGAUUGUGAAGGUACUGGAGCAGUUUGAAUCGUCAGUCGCUCAUGAUGGAACUCUGAAUCUUGUUCAGAAGUCAAUUUGUCAAGAUCACAAGAAAGGGCUUCAUUAUUGGAUCCAAAAGCUUGGUCAUGUACAUCAAACUGCUUCAUUACAUCAAAAUGUUUCAUCAAUGCCCAUGCCAAAACCUAGAUUUGCUUGAAUUUUCUGGAUGAUCUAACUUUAAUAGUUUUACCAGGUCUCUGUGUAAUUAAACUGUUUUUGGUU